AACAGAGAAAAGAAGAUGUCACAUCUCCUUUGGAGGAUGCUGCAAGAGAAAGGAGAAGGAUUUGGGUCAUCGAGGCCCCUGCUAUAGAUAAAGAGCGACGUUUCAUUUCACCUUUUCUGGGAUGGAGAUUUCUUCUCAUCAGUUUCACCUCUUGCAGCAACUAAAUGAGCAGCGCAGGCAGGACUUGUUCUGUGACUGCAACAUCCUGGUGGAGGGCAAGGUCUUCAAAGCCCAUCGCAAUGUGCUGUUUGCCAGCAGUGGCUACUUCAAAAUGCUCCUUUCGCAGAGCUCGAAGGAGACCAGUCAGUCCACCACAGCCACUUUCCAGGCCUUUUCUCCUGACACCUUCACGGUUAUCCUGGAUUUUGUGUAUUCAGGCAAACUGUCGCUCACUGGUCAGAAUGUGAUCGAGGUCAUGUCAGCCGCCAGCUAUCUGCAGAUGACCGAUGUGAUCAGCGUGUGUAAAACCUUCAUCAAGUCCUCGCUGGACAUCAGCGAGAAGGAGAAGGAUCGCUACUUCAGCCUGUCAGACAAAGAUGUGAGCUCCAACGGCGUGGAGAGAUCCUGUGUGUACAGCGGAGGGUGGAGGGCAGAGAGCAGCCCCCCACAUCCCCACUCCAGCCCAGACCCUGGGACUUGCAUGAUGGGCGGCAACGCUUGGAGCAAUUUCAACUAUUACCCCAGCUCUCAGAGAAAUGCCCAGCAGCAGCAGCAGCAGCAGCUGUCCAAACAUGAGCAGCGGCAGGAUUCCAUCAAGAAAUCCCGGCACCUGGGGCUGCAGCAGCCCGCAGACAUCCCCCACUAUAAAUCAAGUAAGCUGGAGGACAGGGCUGCCGAGCCCGCCGGCCACGCCGCGCCGCCCGAGGAGCAGGUUCACAUUGACGCCGAGGUGGAAGCUCCUCACGUGGGUUACCAGUUCAGCCAGGGGGCUGAGGUGAUGCCCAGGGGCUUGGCUGUGUCCCAGCAGGAGCACGAAUCACCUCGCUCCUCCAGUAAAUCCAAGUCCUCCAAAGCUGAGGAGCAGUACGGGAGCAUGCCCUCCAUCCUGGGAGUCAUGGGCAACUGGGCUGAAGAUGACCUGGCCAGGAUGAGGUUCAAGUGUCCAUUCUGCAGCCACGUGGUGAAGAGAAAAGCUGACCUGAAGCGUCACCUCCGCUGCCACACGGGAGAGAGGCCGUACCCCUGCGAGGCCUGUGGCAAGAGAUUCAGCAGGCUGGAUCACCUCAGCAGCCAUUUCCGAACUAUCCACCAGGCGUGCAAGCCCAUCUGCAGGAAGUGCAAGCGGCACGUGACGGAGCUGACGGGCCAGGUGGUGCAGGAGGGCACGCGGCGCUACAGACUGUGCAACGAGUGCCUGGCAGAGGCUGGCAUCGACAGCAUCCGCAUUGACUUGGAGGCUGAGGCGCCCCUGGAGUUCCCCCAGGACGGGGACAAGGAUUCCAGGUGGCACUACGGAGAGGACAACAGGUCUGACGUGGAAAUCGUCGAGGACGGCUCCAACGACUUGGUCAUCCAGCAGGUGGAUGACAGCGAGGAUGAAGCGGAGGAGAAGGAAGUGAAACCAAACAUUAGGUAGUUGGAAGACAAGGAUUGGGAAUUUUGUGGAAGAGGGAGGAUGUACUGUGAGCAAAUGCCCUCUGCCAGCUGAUCCUACAGAGACACGUGGUUGAACAGGUCCAGACUUGCAUGUAUUUAUGGACACGUCAUUGAGGCCAUGCUGGUUUGUUAGCAGAACCCCCAUGUGUUGUUUGGUUAGAAAAUCCAUCCUGAAAUUAUGGCUAAACAAGGAAACUGCAUUAUUAUCUGGAUAACUUUUAUAGCAGAACCCCCUGUGUUUUUUGGUCAAAAUGAUCCAUCCUGAAAUUAUGGCUAAACAAGGAAACUGUAGUAUUACAUGGAUAAUUUUUAUAGCAGAACCCCCAUGUGUUGUUUGGUCAAAAAGAUCCAUCCUGAAAUUAUGGAGAAAUAAGGAAACUGCAUUAUUAUCUGGGUAAUUUUUAUAGCAGGCAAUGGGGCACAUCUCAAAGCCUCUUGCAAGGAGGUUUAAAUACUUUUUUAAAAGUCACAGAUUAUUGUAAAUUGCCCGUUUUUUACACUUGUAGAGAGGUGGGGUUUAUAUAAACAAAGUAUAAAACCCCCCAGACCAGACAACCUCUCUUGAGUGUUCAGAAGUGAAGAGAAUUAUCCAUCAAAUUUCAUUAAAUCUUCAUGUUAUAAUAAGGAAAACAGAAGCUAAUUAAGACAGAGCAUUUAAAUGUUUUGGCACUUUUGUCUGGAAAAGGAUUUCUGUAAAAUUUAUUAGGAUGAGAUGAAUCUUCAGUAGAUCAUAUGUUCAAGAUUUCUUUCUUUCAAAGAAAAUAAGCACAUAAAUGCUUAACAUAUCAAACUGAUUUAAAUUUGGAUCAUUAAUUGAUGGCAGUAGAUGUCUUUGUCUCAAAAUUAUCAUCUCAGACUGGGUUGGUUUAAUAAGGACUAUUAAAAUACUCUUUUUUUAUAUUUUGAAACCUCUCAAAAGUGCCCAGACAUGGUGGGAUUGUUGGGGUGCAGGGCCAGGAGCUGGAUUUGGGUGAUCCUUGUGGGUCCCCUCCAGCUCAGGACAUUGAAUUCUGUGCACCUUUCCCAAUUUGUACCAGUAAAACCAAGAUGUACUGGAAGUUCCAGACACCAUAUUUGUGUCAUUUCACCCACAGUUAGGCUACAGAGAUGGGUAAUGAUAAAGAAAUUUUAUUUCUCUAACAAAAUAAGCUUGGUUUUGCUGCUUGGGGGGUUUUUCUUACCCAGCACUGUCAGAGGAGAGGAGCAGGAGAUGCUCCUGGGGUCCCUUGCUCUGCAUUCCUUGGACACACCUGAGUGUUAUUGCAACUCUUGGGAUCAUGGAACUCAAUGGCUGUAGAUUUAGAAAAUUCUAUCUAUUUUCUUUCUUUUUUACAGCUUUGUAAGCAUGUUUGGCUGAACCCUGGGCUUUCUUACACAACAAUCCCACAUACAUAUAUAUAAAUAUAAAUAUAUAUGUAUAUGUACUAUAUAACCCUUCCCAGGGACAGCUAAAAAGUCACUAUUUUAUUUUUAGUUGUGUAAAAACUGUAUAACUUUUCUUGUAUCAUCAUGACCAGAGAGUGCAGAAUUUUCAUUCCAGGCUGCAGGUGACCAACAAAUGACAACUUGAGAACUUCAUGUUAAAUUCAGUGUAAGGAUUAUGCACCCUCCUCUUCAUGGGAAGCAUCCCAAGGACACAAGAAAUGGUGUUUUGCUGUUCCUACAAAAAUUAUAAUUUAUUGGCUUAGGUUUGGGGAGGGAGUAACUUAAAAAUCUUUGUGAUUACUCAGAUGAAAAGAUCUUAAACAAGACUUACACUUGAUUUUAUGGGACACUUGGUUAGCAGCCCAAAAAUGGACUUGAUGUGAAAACAGACAUUUAAUUUCUUGGAGCUUUUCAACUCCUAAAAUGCCUGUUAUGAAAUGGCUUAGAAAUAUUCCUGAGCAACCUGGACUAAAUCAAAUACACAGAACAAGAAAGAUUUCAAAGGAUAUGGAGUAACUUUGCUCAAAUUUCAUAGAUGUUUCCCUUUGCCUUUCCAUUAAACAGUUUGACAACAAAUCCCAGGUAUCAGUGCCUGCUGUCCCAGGGGGAAAACGUGGCUGGAAUUGGGCUGGCUUUGUUUGGGGAUGGAUAAAGGGGAGGGGAAAAUGAAAAUAAAGUGUUCUCUCCAGACCUGACAUCUUAACUGUCAACUGCAAAGGUCAGGCUAUUAAGUGUUUCUUAAUAGUGGGGGGUGUUUUUAGAAGCAAAGGGAUUUUUGGAUCAAUACUCAAUUUAAUUAGAGAUCAUAAAUCUAACAAUACUGAGGGGCAGAUGCUUCAGAACGAGAUCUGAAGUGGCUCUAAACGGGCAAAUGGAGCAAUCUAUCCACAGGAAGACUUUUACUUUGUAAACACAGAUUAAUUGUUGAUUUGCUGGGCAAAUAAGGCCUUUUUUUCUGGAUUUAUAUGUUGUUAUUCUCAUUAGUAGAACUAGGUAUCUGUAGUAAUUUUUAAAGUAUCAUAUUAAGCUUGGAGGUUUAGCUCAAGGCUGAUUCCCACAGUCAAUGAUGUUUUUCUGGUUUUUAAAAGUUACCAUUUUUACAUUUGUUGUCUUAAUUUUGGUCAUUGUUUCCUUCCUUUUGUAUUGCAAUUCAAGAUAAAUGUUAAGUGCCUUCUGUUUUCCACGUCCUUCAUUUUACACUCAUGUAUUUUCCUUGUCAUUUUUUUUCUCUAAAUGAAAGUAUUUUUCUUUUUGUCUCCUUCCAUUGCCUCUGAUUGUCUUCUUCAUAUUUCUGUGAGCAUCACUUGCCCCUCAUCAGCUCAAGGAACAUUUCAAGGAGGAAAGUAAAGACCAGACAGGGAUGUUCCCAUUUAAUUUAUUUAUUUCCUUGCGUUUCUUUCAUCUUUAUGUCUCUUAGGGACAGGGUUUAGUGCUGGAUUUGAUCUUAGGGGGUCUUUUCCAAGAAUUCUGUGAUUAUUUUUGCUUGGUUUGUGUUUAUUUUGUAUUCACAAAACCACAGUCAAGAGUGAAGACAAAGUUCAUCAUCCUCUGAUCAAUGUCUCUUAACUCUCCUUAUUUUCUGACAAUAUCUUCCCAUCCUUUCAAAGGCUGAAAUGCUGAAUUAAAAAAUUCCCUCUCUUCC